AUGUCAAUAAAUAAUCACGAUAUUGAAGAAGAGGAAGAAUACAAGCCUCAACUUAUAAGAUCUGACUCAGGCUAUAAUCUUUUAAAAAACUGUAAUAACCCAGGCUAUGAGCAUAACUCAAAAUAUGAAAAACUUGCAGAAUAUUCAAUUUUAUCAAUUGGCGAUUUAAGCAACGUCCCAGGAAGUUGGCUUUAUUUUAGAUACACUGAAGAAAGCAUAAAUUUUAUGCGAUUUUUACACAUAAGUGGGCUUGGAAUUGAAUUUUUUGGCCUAAUAAUUGGAGAAGCUUUAAUAGAGGCGAGAGAUACUCACCAUAGUGUCACUCCUUUUUCGCCUCAGCAUUUUUUUAUCCUUGGCGCUUGGGCUUCUAUAUCUACCUUUGGGGUGUUUUUCUUAUAUAGCCCAGGAACUGAUGUAGAUAGGCCUGGGCUGGAAAAUGCUGAACAAAUCCCCAUUUGGUUCUCCAGCUCAAGUUGGCAAACCAACUUAGGGAGAUGAAAAAUAUGUCAAUAUGAGGCAUUUAUUAACUCCCCAAGUUGGUCUGCCAACUUGAGCUGGAGAACCAACUGGGGAUUUGCUUUUUUUUAAAAAAAUUAAUAGAAAAUUUAUAGUAAAUUUUUUUUUAAAAUUGAAAAAAAUCCACAUUCGAAAGCAGAUAUCGUUAUUUGCAGAUUUUUGAACUUUACCACCUAAGUGUGGAAUUUUUUUCCGUGUGUGAAAAGGUGAUUUCACGUGUGGAGCCCUUUUGAUUUCACAUGUGGAAUCCUCUUUUCACACGCGGAAAAAAUUCCACACUUAGGUGGUAAAGUUCAAAAAUCUGCAAAUAACGAUAUCGAAUUUUUUUUAAAUUUAUGUUUUAAUAUGAAAGCUAGAGAUUUCAUUAUAAUAAUUAUUACUUAUAUAUCAAAAUAAUUUUUCUUAAAAUAAACUUAUAUUAAAUAAAUUUUUGUUCACUCAUGGAGGGUGAGCUUUUAUCCAAAAAUAAUCACCAUUUUCUCAGCCCAGACCGACUUGCAUUGGUUCCUGAGCUAUACAUGCUCUUUACUGUAACCCUUACUUCCCGAGAAAUAAUUGCUCAUCAGCUUGGCUAUUUAAUUUUUUUAGUUUACAUUUUUCACGGUAUAUAUCUUACAUUAAGAAAUUUAACCGAAAUUCUUUAUGUGGACAUUAUCUGCGUUUUGCUAUUAUCGGUACUUUCUAUCUUGAUUUUUAUUUUAUAUAGAAGAAUAAAGUACCAAGAUGAUGGGAGAUUUAUAGUGAAUAGGUUUGAAUUUUUGGGAGUUCAUGUGAGAAUUAGUAUCCUAUUUAGCUGGGUGAUGCUAUGUGCUACUCAUCGAAUAUUUGUGUGUCUUUCGUUUGCAGAAACUUCUGAUAACUUAUUGGGAUGGUCAAAUGGGUAGUCACGAAACAUUUUUUUUAAAAAUAAAUUUAAUAGUCAUUCGAAUAAAAAAAUAGAGAAAAAAAAUUUGCGAGCGCCCUGUCAAAUGAUAAUUGGUCAAUUUUGGCAAUGUGCUUAUUUUUUGCCCUUGGGGUUAUUGUGCUGACUAAAUAUAAAGAUAUAUUUUUUGGGAUGAUGAUUUCUUAUUCUUUUAUUGGAAUUUACAUCAUGCAGACCCAUAAUAGUAUCUGUAAAGAAGAAUUUAAUGAAGAAUGCAGUGAAAAGGUGGGGGUUUGCGCUAUUAUUUUAUCGUGUAUUUUAUUUUUUUUUAUUUUAGUGACCAUUGGUGUUCACUAUGAUUUGGUAUGCUAUAAAAAAUCUGGAGAAUAG